AUAUUACUAAUUCUUAUUCCCCGUCAUCUUUGAGAACGAGAAAGUGGUUUAAUUCGGCUCGAGCAUAUAAAUCGUAUAAAUUGUCGAUACAGUUGUAGACAAAAUAUAUUAAAAGUUUUUAAUUGGGAACAAUGUCACAGAACGAUACGAGCGAAGAUGAGACCGGUUUACGAACUCCGAUGUUCCUGAGGAAAGGAUCUAGAUGUAGUCGUGGUACACCAGGCACACCGUCUUCUAUUUCAAGCUCUGUUAUAUUUGGUCCAAUUCCGGACGAAGUUCUACGUGUUUGGAGUCAAUUACCCGAAGCAAUUCGUUUAGAUCCUAGCUUAGCAAUUUUUCAAAAAGAAUACGAUAGGAUUUAUCAAACCGACAGAAGAUGCUCUGAUACAAAAAGAGAUUGUUUAGUAGUAAAUAUGUCUCUUGGUACACAAUCGGCGCCACCCAUAAGAACGCAACAAAAUAUUUGCGAAGAGGAUGGCACGCACGAUAUUACACAAGAUCAAGCGCAUGAAAAACAAAAGCCAUUUUAUCGUUACAGCAAAUUAAUAGCUCUUUCUUGUUGCUGGCUAAUAUUUACUGUGAUAUUAAUGGUCAAGAACGAGAAAGUCGAAAAAAUGCAUCAGAUUUCCAUUCCCAGCAACGAAAUUCGACAUUAUAAAUUGCAAGGUUUAGUCGAAAGUAAGCGGAUCAGCAUCAGAGUAGAAGGUUCAUUACUGCCUCCAAUUAAAGAAAAUCUUAACUUAAAUUUAUCAAGUCAUCAUUUAACGAUAUGGUUGAGUUCAUUAAUCAACGAUUCGACUGGUCUACAUAAAUAUAAUAUCCAUUCAGAGAAUAUAAGCGAUUUUUGGAUUUUACCUGUACUUCCUGAAAAUUUAAUGGAUUUGUUUCCUGAUCAAAAGCAUCAAAAAGUCUUUGAAUUAGAUAAUGUUGAUAAAGAAUUGGUAGAAAAUGCAAUAUUUAUAAAUUUACAUACAAAUUUAAAACAUAGUUUUCCACUUUCAAUUGCAUAUGAUUUGUCUUCUAUAAAUACGGACGAUGGUAUACCGUACGCUGCGGUUGUUUUAUUUGGUCUAUAUGUAUUGAUAGUAUUUGAGAUCGUUCACAGAGCUUUGGCUGCAAUGCUAGCAUCGACUAUGUCUGUGGCAAUAUUAGCUGCAUUUAAUGAGAGACCAAAUAUGACAGAAUUAAUUUCUUGGAUUGAUGUAGAUACAUUACUACUAUUAUUUUCCAUGAUGGUUCUUGUUGCAAUUGUCGCAGAAACAGGAAUAUUCGAUUGGUUAGCUGUUUAUGCUUACAGGAUAACUGGAGGUAAAUUAUGGCCAUUAGUAAAUACUUUAUGUUUCUUUACCACAUUUAUCUCAUCAUUUUUGGAUAAUGUUACAACAGUACUAUUAAUGACUCCAGUUACGAUCAGACUCUGCGAAGUAAUGGAAUUAAAUCCAGUACCUAUAUUAACAGCAAUGGUAGUUUAUUCCAAUAUAGGUGGUGCCAUUACACCAGUAGGUGACCCACCAAACGUUAUCAUUGCCUCUAAUCGUGAUGUUAUUGAUGCUGGAGUAGAUUUUAGUACAUUUACAUUGCAUAUGAGCAUUGGUGUAAUAUUAGUAUUGAUUGUGGUGUAUGCUCAAUUGCGUUUCAUUUUUCGUGAUAAAGCAGUUUUAAGUUUCGAUGAACCACAAGAUGUACAGGAACUCAGACAUGAAAUAGCAAUCUGGCAAAGAGCUGCGGCAAGUCUAUCGAGUUAUAGUAAAGAUGAAAAUUUAGUAAGAGAAACUUUAUUAAAGAAAGUACAACGUUUACUUACGCAACUUAAAAAAAAGCUAAUGACUGGUAGUGCUGCUUUCGAAAAGUAUAAAACUACACUCGAAGAACUACAGGAAAAAUAUCCCAUAAGAGACAAGUGGUUGUUAGUCAAAUCAGGAUUUGCAUUAGUGUUCGUUAUCACGUUAUUUUUCCUUCAUAGUGUACCUGGUAUGAAUUUAUCAUUAGGCUGGACUGCAUUACUAGGAGUACUUUUAUUACUAAUAUUAGCAGACAGUGAAGAUUUGGAUGGAUUAAUGGCUAGAGUUGAAUGGAGCACUUUAUUAUUCUUUGCUUCAUUGUUUAUACUUAUGGAAGCUUUGUCACGUUUGGGCCUUAUUGCCUGGAUAGGAAAGCAAACAGAAAAAAUUAUUCUAUCUGUUAAUGAAGAAUCUCGUUUGGCUGUAGCUAUACUUUUAAUCUUAUGGGUAUCGGCAUUUGCAAGCGCAUUUGUUGAUAAUGUACCUUUGAGCACGAUGAUGGUAAGAAUUGCAAUAAAUUUAGCUAAAAAUCAUGAGCUUAGAUUGCCUCUGCAACCUUUAAUUUGGGCAUUAGCUUUUGGUGCUUGCAUGGGAGGAAAUGGAACUUUAAUUGGAGCUACUGCAAAUGUUGUCUGCGCAGGAGUAGCUGAACAGCAUGGAUAUAGAUUCACUUUUAUGCAAUUUUUAAAAGUUGGCUUUCCUGUGAUGAUCACAAGCACUAUGACAGUAACUAUGUACCUAAUGAUCUCCCAUGUUAUUUUUGCUUGGAAUGGAAUGUAAAUGUUCUCCAUUUUAGAAGUACGAAGAAAUAUAAUUUCAAUCUAUACUUGUUCAUAAUUGUACUACUAUAAGUACUUUAAUGUUUUAA